UGGGCCAGUGGGAAUGUUUUCCCCGGAGCGGAGGGAGGCUGGGAGAUGACCAGAUCGAGGUUUAGAAACUCACUGAGGAGACGAAGAGAAAGUGGACAGGUCUAUGGUCUAUGGUCGAGGAACUAUGACACAGACACUCUCUCCCUCUCUGACACGCACACACGGGGGUGCCGCCGCGAUUGGAUCUCCUCACACCAUUGCCCCCUACACACACAGACACCUAACCCCUUCCCUCGCAGGUGCCGGACAGAGAGCCGGAGGGGGGGCGGGGUUCGAAGCACCAUGGCCGGCGAGGUUGCCCUGGGCGCCCCGCCGGUCCGCAAGAGCUCCCUCCUCGAGAAUAUCAGAGGCUGCAUCAGACUGAGCAAGGAACUGAGGAAACGGGCCGACGAGACCAGGAGGAUCUACGACCGCUGCCAGGGCCUGACGGAGAAGAUGACCUCCUCAAUGCGGCCGGCCGACGCCUCGGACGGGAUUCCGCGGGCCGGGACCAGCGGCUGGGGAGAGAUGCCGACCCCCGAGCGCCUGUCGCAAACCCUCCAGGCCUACCGCCGCUUUGCCGAGCUGCUGGGGCUGGCGGCGGGGGCCGGUGGGGGUUCCGGGGCCUGCCCCCGGUCGGCCGAGCUGCGCCGGGCCCUGCUGGGCCUCCGCACCGACUGUGAGGGGCUGCUAGCGCGGACGGGCCUGCUGGCAGCUCAGCUGGGGCUGCCCGUCCAGGCCUCGGAGGCCCCCGGCCCGCCGCCGGCCUCCCGGGGCUCCAGCGAGUUCGAGGCCAAGCUGUGGGGCCACCGGCUGCUGCGGGAGCUGUUCAACUGGGCCCUCCGCUCCAUCCGCGACUUCUACAAGUUGCGCAGCCAGCUGGGAGGCUCCCAGCCGGUGGCGGGAGCUGAGGUAGGCCACCGCCGGUUCUGGGGCCCCGGGCUCCUCCUCUGGCCCAGACAGGACGGAGGCCUGCGGCGUCCCCACACCACCUGAACCCGUCCUUCCCCAGAGACCGUGGGGUUGCGUGUAGCUAAGAUAGGCCGCGCCAGUGGACAAGGCCUGGUCUGCUCCGUCUAACCCCAGAGCCUGGGGUCCGGGAUUGGGGUGUGGGUGCCGGGGGGG